GAGCAAUUGAGCCUCUACAAUGAUAAUCAAAUGCCGACAUAUGCUUGGACUCGACAUAUCCACCCACGCAAAGCUCGAGUCCGUUGAGGACCCACACUCAAGCUCGAGAGGUCCAAUACAAUGACAUCAGGACUACCUAGACGAGCGCCUGGCAGGAACGACCACCCUACUCAGCUUCCUCUUAUGGUUUCUUCCCCUCGGUUUAUCUGCUUAUUUCGUCUCUCCCACUCACUCGUCUUCCAUCGUUACCCCCCACAAUGUCCACGCUCAGCUUGAACUCCACGCUCCCGCUCCCCAACUCCUCGCACAAGAUUCCUCAGCUCGGCUUCGGCGUCUACCAAUCACCCCCAGAGACAUGCGUUAAGUCGUGUCUCGCCGCCCUGAAGGCGGGCUACCGCCACAUCGACACCGCGCAGUACUACGCAAACGAAGAGCAGGUCGGCCAGGCGCUGCGGGAGUCUGGUCUGGAGCGCGAGGAGGUCUACCUCACGACCAAGAUCCUCAGCCCCGGCAGCGACGUUGAGUCCACCUACCAGAGCGUCGUGGAGAGCGUCGGCAAGCUCGCAGGCACGGACGGCUACGUGGACCUGUUCCUCAUCCACAGCCCCAACGCCGGGCCGGAGAAGAGGAAGCUGAUGUGGCUCGCGCUGGAGAAGGCAAAGGCCGCGGGCAAGGCACGCGAGAUUGGUGUCAGCAACUACGGUAUCGGCCACAUUGAGGAGAUCAAGAAGAUCGGCAAGGUCUGGCCGCCUGCCAUCAACCAGAUCGAGCUCCAUCCAUGGUGCCAGCAGAAGGACGCCGUCAAGUACUGCCAGGACAAUAACAUCGUCGUCGAAGCAUACUGUCCGCUCGUGCGUAACCAGAAGGCUGGCGACGCCACGCUCCAGAGCAUCGCAGAGAAGCACGGCGUGACCGACGCCCAGGUGCUCGUCCGCUGGAGCCUGCAGCGCGGCUUCGUGCCUCUGCCCAAGAGCGACACGCCGUCCAGGAUCGAGAAGAACGCGGACCUGUACGGCUUCGCGCUCGACAGCGGCGACAUGGCCAAGCUAAAUGGCCUGGACGAAGGGGCGAAGGGCGCGCUGGUGCAGGCAGUCAGCAACGAGUAGGAGAGUUGCGAUUUGCCAACGUCAUCUGCUCGCCGGCGGUAUGACCCCGUCAAGGAGAUGCUCGACAAGGUGUCUGCGCGGCUGGACGCGUGGCUUGCGCGGCGACAACUCAGGUCGUAAUUGUAAUGGAGUAGCGUUAUAUCAGGGACCUACUUGCUCGCAUGGCCAGGAAGAGGAAGCCAGUGACUACUCCAAGUAACUGACGCCGCGGAUCGAGAUGCUCCUGACAGGUAGAAGUAAUGAAGGUGUGCUGACUACCGAGCAUCGACACUGUGAUUUCGUGAUCUUAUACGAGCGGGCAAUCCUAGUAUACGCCUCCCAUGGUCAAAUCAGCGCGCAGUUCUUAUUUCUCACUUCCACCCGAAUCACUACAGCUAUUCAUACG